AUGACGGACAUUGACAGUUUUCUGGAGGCGAAUCAGUUGUUGUCCAACACAUUGAAGCAGCUGGAUGAGGCCAUGAAACAGAGUAAGUUUUAUCACAAAUUCCUUGAAAAGACCAAAAAAACAGGCAUGGGAAGGGCUUUUUUCGAAUCGAUUGGACCACAAUUAGUGUCCAUGUGACUUUGAUUUGAUUUUUUUUUGCCAAAUUGAAUAGUUUUAUUGUUUUACGUCAGCAAAUUUGCCGUAUUUUACAUUAAAAAUCUUUUAGCUUUCAAAACAUUUAAGUUUGAAAAUUUUAGCUAAUUACCAACCUUUUUAAAUUUCAAACCCACUAGAAAUUGCAAAAACUGAAAUUGUUUGACUGAAAAAACAAAAUUUUCAUGUUUUUUCAAUUUGAUUUAACGCGUAACGACUUGCUUUCCGCUUUGAAUUAUCCACAAAACGAUCGGAUAAUUACAUAGACAUCACACUAAAUUGGCGGAAUCAACUUUGAAUGCAAACGAAUUUCAAAGCGUUCCCUUUACCCACAUGGUAUUCAAAUCUGAUCUGAAUGUUUUGUUUUCUUUAUUUUCUUUAGGAUUUAAAAAAAAUUUGAAAUUUUGCAAUUUUUAAGUAAAAAAUUUGUAAAUACAAUGUUUUGACCGGGUUGAGCUAAGACAAAAUAAGGUUUUUGUAGAUUUAUAACAUUACUAGAACUUUAAAAUAGUAGCGCAAUACGAUAGUUAAUAGAUCUUGGGUAAUAGACUAGGAUAAAUCUCGAUUAGGUCAGGGUAGGGCUAGGACAAUAUAAAGCUUGAUUAGAUUUAGAGUUCUAUUAAGAUAAGGAAAGGGUACGCUUAUAUGUAUUAAAGUGAAUUUAAAUAGUUGAGGGCUAGAUUAAGCUGUAAUAAAAACAGCUUGGGCUAGAGUAGAGCUAUAUUAGUAAGGUAGUAAGGUAAGACACAAGUAGCAACAUUACUAGAGGAUUACAUGAGUACGGUAAUACGAUAGUGCGGAAGAACUGUUUGGUUGUUCACUUUUUCUGCGCGUACUCUCAAAACAAAUUUGUAGGGUAAGGGUCGCAGAAUUAUGUGAACAACCUAAUAUACUAUGCUAGGAUAGAGCUAGACUGGGUUACGAUGAGAUUAGGGUAAGGCUAAAUUGAGACAGAGCUUAGACAAAUCAAACACAUCUCUAGAAUAAGAUGAAGUUGGGGUAAAACUAUAGUAGGGUAGAAAUAGAUGGGGCUGGAUUAGGCAAGAGUAGGCCAUGAAUAGUUCUAGGAGAGGGAAGGAAUAAGCUAAGAGAGUAAAUUGUUCUCUAAGCUAAUGUAUUGCUAAUGCAACUCUAAGCUAACUAUCACUUUGUUUACCUUUAUAUUUCAAACUUUAUGAGAAAAAACGUAUUUUACAAACUGAAACAUUUAAAUUUUCUAAAACCAAUUUGAGUAUUUGCAACUUUUCGCGCUUUGAAAGCCUGUUUUUAAUCGAACAAUGUUUACAAAUGACCUUUUGCCGCAGAAAUCCUUGAAUACAUAACUAGGGUUUGCAUCGGCAUACAUUCGAUUCUGUUUGCAAAUAUGGGGUUGUAUUCUGUUUUUAAGGGGGGGGGGUUUGAGAUUUUUUGAAUUUAAAAUUUGCAUUUAAAAUCUUAUUACUCCGUAUUUUACUUUUUUUUGCCUUUAUUUUUAUUAUUUCACAUUAUUUUCAGACGAAGAAAAAUGGACCCCAUCAUAUAAUCGUCAUCGCUCAGUAUCACCGAUACGAUACAAGUCCAACUUCGUUAUGACAACACCACCAGAUGAUCUUUUAAACGGCAAUGUUGUUGAUGGUUUCGAAAAGAAUGGGAACAACGAACGACCAACCUCUGAUCCAUCGUCCACUACUUGGGAAAACAAGGACACCAACUCUAUUGGCAGUGGUAACACCAGUAGUAAUGAAGAAUCACCACUCUCUGAUCAGGCCUCAACCGUAUCUAAUAGGGUUACGCUGGAGAAGUUGUGCAAGGUAAGUUGGGGUGAAUGUUGUAGGAAAGGGUAAAAAUAAAGUUAGGUUUUGUCAAACGUAGGUAGGGAUCAGGAUAGGCUGCGACUAAGCUCAAUUUAAGGUUAAGGUUAAGACUCAAGAUCAGGGAGCAGGCUUAGGCUUAGACACAGGCUUAGGCUCAGGUUCAGGCUCAGGCUCAGGCUCAGGCUCAGGCUCAGGCUCAGGCUCAAGCUCAGGCUCAGGCUCAGUUUUAAGCCCAGGCUUAGGCUUACCUCAGGUCUGUGAUCAGUUUUAAGCUUGAGCUUAAGCUCAACCUCUAACUCAAGUUCAAGCUCAGAAUUAGGCUAAGGCUCUAGCUCAGGCUCUGUUUUUAGCCCAGUCUCAGGCGAAGGCUACGGCUAACACUCAAGCUAUGGAUCAAGCUAUAGUUCAGGCUAAAGCUAAGUCUAGACACAGCAGGGCUAGGUCUUAGUCUAUGGCUUGGUCAUAAUUUUUCUGGUUUUCCAGGCGAUUGAAACGGAUAAACUUCCGCCGCCGGAUCCGAAGGUCAGGUACAAGAUUCUGAAGUGGAUCUACGACAAUAAUGGCGACGAAUCCUUGCGUAAUCUUGUGGUAUGUUUGUUUUUUAGUUUGAAUCUUAAAAUUAAAAAAUUUUUUUUGAAAUAAUGUUUUUGUGGCUUUGUGUUUCAAGGGAGAUUUAUGAUUUUUGUAAAAUACGAGAGUUGUUUAUAGCGGUUUUAAAUUUUUAAAAUUUGGCAUUCUGUUGCAAGACGAAAAAUGUUCGUAAAAUACGAAUUGUCCUGUUGUGCGUUGAAAAAAAUUAAUCAAAAUGAAUCUUUGAACUAAAAUUUACAUUUAAAAUUUAAAAAUUUUCAUAAUCUACCUCUAAUUUUAAAAAUCCACCCCAUUGCCAAAACUUGCCCCUACCUCUAUUUUGCGUCGCACUUGUGAUCCUCCAAUCAAUUUUUAUAAGCUUUAUAAAAUUCGACAGCUGAGCGUCAAAGCCAUCGGCUUCGUUUGCUUUUUGUGCCCACCUAGUGUCUCUUUAUACCUGUCCGACCAAACCCUUCGGCCAAGCCUCUCCUUUCCCGAAUUCCGAUCCAACAAAAUUUGAUAAAACGCGUUUAUUGGCGUUGAGGAGGUUGUUGGCCAACGCCGAGGCUUGAGACCAACUUUUUUAUGAGGCUAUUGAUACUACUGUUGGAAUUACAACUUGUUUACUAUUGGGAUAGAUGUGGGUUUUAUUGUGGGAGAGAUGGGUGCUUAUGAGGGGGGGGGGAGGGGGGGGGGUUAGAAAACAUUGAUCAUAUUGUUUUAGAAAAAACGUCUUGUUUUUGUUGGUUUAUAUCCCGUAUUGUACACAAUUUUACACAAAGUACGGUUUGUAGUGUUGGCGUACUAUGUAGUGCUACGUCUUAUUUACUAUUAUAACAAUUUAUGGCUUGUAAUCAUUUUGUACUAAUUAAAAAUACUAAUUUAGAACUUGUAA